GGCCGCUGGGCGCCAGGCGGCGGGGGCGCGGUGCGCGGCCGGGAGGGGCUGGGGGCGAGCGUCACGUGGCUGGGGCGGGGCCUGCGCGCUGCCCGCCCGCCCGCUGCCUGCUAGGCUGCCGCCGCCGCCGCCGCCGCCGCCGCGUCUCAUUCAUGAGGGCCGCCCGGCUUCGCUGCGGCCCAGGCGGCUUCCGAGGUAGCGGCGGCGGCUGGCUACCCGGCCUUGCGUGCGCCCCUGGCCGACCCCGCCCCCUCGGCUUCUCUCCCCUGCGGGUCCUCACCGCCGCCGUCCAGCCUUUGCCUCCCCUCAGCUCCCCGCGGGCCGGGAGCCGAGCCGCUGCAGGCAAUUGUGUCAAGGAGAAAAAUACCAACCAGGAAGACAAUGGAGGUGAUUUGGCCCUACCACGCCUACUUGGUACGCUCUGGAAUGAAUUGGACAAGUCUCAAACCAUGAAUUAUGUGGGACAGCUGGCUGGGCAGGUGAUUGUCACUGUGAAGGAACUCUACAAGGGCAUUAACCAGGCCACCCUCUCUGGGUGCAUCGAUGUCAUCGUGGUGCAGCAGCAGGAUGGCAGCUAUCAGUGUUCGCCUUUUCACGUUCGGUUUGGGAAGCUGGGAGUCCUGAGAUCCAAAGAGAAAGUGAUUGAUAUAGAAAUCAACGGCAGUGCAGUGGAUCUUCACAUGAAGUUGGGUGACAAUGGAGAAGCUUUCUUUGUUGAGGAGACUGAAGAAGAAUAUGAAAAGCUUCCUGCCUACCUUGCCACUUCACCAAUUCCUACCGAAGAUCAGUUCUUUAAAGAUAUUGACACCCCUUUGGUGAAAUCGGGUGGAGACGAAAGACCAUCUCAGAGUUCGGACAUCUCACAUGUCUUGGAAACAGAGACAGUUUUUACUUCAAGUUCUGUGAAAAAGAAAAAACGAAGGAGAAAGAAAUGCAAACAAGACAGUAAGAAGGAAGAGCAGGCCACCUCUCCUGCUGCAGAAGACAUAUGUGAUGUAGGCGUGAGCUCUGAUGAUGACAAGGGGGCCCAGGCAGCACGAGGAUCUUCAAAUGCUUCCUUGAAAGAAGAAGACUAUAAAGAGCCUUUGCUCUUCCAUUCUGGAGAUCACUACCCCUUAUCUGACGGAGAUUGGUCCCCUUUAGAGACCACCUAUCCCCAGGCGGUGUGUCCUAAGAGUGAUUCAGAGCUGGAAGUGAAACCCGCUGAGAGCCUGCUCAGAUCAGAGUCUCACAUGGAGUGGACAUGGGGUGGAUUCCCAGAGUCCACAAAGGUCAGCAAAAGAGAACGAUCUGACCAUCAUCCUAGGAUAGCUACAAUUACACCAUCAGAAAAUACCCAUUUUCGGGUAAUUCCCAGUGAGGACAACCUCAUAAGUGAAGUUGAGAAGGAUGCUUCCAUGGAAGACACUGUCUGUACCAUAGUGAAGCCCAAACCCAGAGCCCUGGGUACACAGAUGAGCGACCCAACGUCUGUGGCAGAGCUUCUCGAACCUCCUCUUGAAAGUCCUCAGAUUUCAUCUACGUUAGAUGCAGACCACCUUUCCAACCCAGCCUCAGCGGAGGCGUUCUCAGAAUGCAAACCGGCAGCUAAAGUGGACUCGCCGUCUAAGAAGAAAGGUGUUCACAAAAGAAGCCAACACCAGGGACCUGAUGAUAUUUACCUUGAUGACUUAAAAGCUCUAGAACCUGAGGUUGCAGCUCUUUAUUUCCCUAAAAGUGAAUCAGAGCCCGGCUCCAGGCAGUGGCCAGAGUCUGACACGCUGUCUGGCUCCCAGUCCCCACAGUCUGUGGGAAGUGCAGCUGCAGAUAGUGGCACUGAGUGCCUCUCGGAUUCUGCCAUGGACUUGCCUGACGUCACCCUCUCCCUUUGCGGGGGUCUCAGUGAAAAUGGAGAAAUUUCAAAAGAAAAAUUCAUGGAGCAUAUCAUUACUUAUCACGAAUUUGCAGAAAACCCUGGACUUAUAGACAAUCCUAACCUUGUAAUAAGAAUAUAUAAUCGUUACUAUAACUGGGCUUUGGCAGCUCCCAUGAUCCUUAGCUUGCAAGUAUUCCAGAAGAGCUUGCCUAAGGCCACAGUUGAGUCCUGGGUCAAAGAUAAAAUGCCAAAGAAAUCUGGUCGCUGGUGGUUUUGGCGAAAGAGAGAAAGCAUGACCAAACAGCUGCCAGAAUCCAAGGAGGGAAAAUCUGAGGCACCACCGGCCAGUGACCUGCCAUCCAGCGCCAAGGAGCCAGCCAGUGCCAGGCCGGCCGAGAAUGACUCCUCAAGUGAUGAGGGGUCACAGGAGCUGGAAGAAUCCGUCAAAGUGGACCCCAUUCCCACAGAGCCCCUGAGCCAUGGCAGCACGACUUCAUAUAAGAAGUCUCUCCGCCUCUCCUCAGACCAGAUUGCAAAACUGAAGCUCCAUGAUGGCCCAAAUGAUGUUGUGUUUAGUAUUACAACCCAGUAUCAAGGCACCUGUCGCUGUGCGGGAACCAUUUACCUGUGGAACUGGAAUGACAAGAUCAUCAUUUCUGAUAUUGAUGGGACAAUUACCAAGUCUGAUGCUUUGGGACAGAUUCUCCCACAGCUGGGCAAAGACUGGACUCACCAGGGUAUAGCAAAGCUCUACCAUUCCAUCAAUGAGAAUGGCUACAAGUUCCUGUACUGCUCGGCCCGUGCCAUUGGCAUGGCUGACAUGACCCGUGGCUACCUGCACUGGGUCAAUGACAAGGGCACGAUCUUGCCCCGGGGUCCCCUGAUGCUGUCCCCCAGCAGCCUGUUCUCCGCCUUCCACAGAGAAGUGAUAGAAAAGAAACCGGAGAAGUUCAAAAUUGAGUGUCUAAAUGAUAUCAAGAAUCUGUUUGCCCCGUCCAAGCAGCCCUUCUAUGCUGCCUUUGGAAACCGUCCAAAUGAUGUCUAUGCCUACACACAAGUUGGAGUUCCAGACUGUAGAAUAUUCACCGUGAACCCCAAGGGUGAAUUAAUACAAGAAAGAACCAAAGGAAACAAGUCAUCGUAUCACAGGCUGAGUGAGCUCGUGGAGCACGUGUUUCCCCUUCUCAGUAAGGAACAGAAUUCUGCUUUUCCCUGCCCAGAGUUCAGCUCCUUCUGCUACUGGCGAGACCCAAUACCUGAAGUGGACCUGGAUGACCUGUCCUGAGGCAGCACCUCAGGGGGUGGGUGGGGCUUGGUCCACCUCCCCACAGCAAGGGAAGGUGGCUGGCCCUUCUGCUGACCUUGGAUACCAGCCUUUCCCAUGGGGACGGGCGCUCCUAGAGCUGGUCCUGCCAUCCUCCUUUGCCUUCCCAGCUCGGCAAGGCUGCAGCUCAGCUCCUGGAAGGAGAAGGGAGGAACUGGGCCCUGGGGCUGGAGACCUGGGAUCUCUCCUCUGUGGGUCGCACACAUGCUUCCUGCUGUGUGCUGGGAGCUCCUUCCAUUGCAUCAUUUUAAAGGAAGAAAAAAAGCAGCUAAAGAAGAGUGGACCAAAACACAGCACACAGUGAAGUUACAGUUUCCACUGGGCAGUUGAGGUGGCUUCUCUCUCUGACCAGGGCUGUCUUCAGAUGUCAGGGUCCCUGAACGACUGCAAGCCCUGUCAGUGAUGCUGGCCGAAGCUGCCUGUGCACAUUUCUUCUUUGGGCAUCUCGUUUCUCGCUACACUGAACAGGUCAGCUGCUCCAGUGAGGCAAGUUGGGCAGGACCCCUGCCCCAGGCCCAUGCACCAGAACCACUGAGCCCAGUCCCAUAAACGUGACCCUCUGGGGGGAAAGAUCCCCACAGAACAUCCUCCUGUCAUCUGUGACGACUCCAGGAGCCCUUUAAGUUAUUCUUAGACUUCACCAGAACAGGUCUUACAGGUAUAUAUUUGAUGUCUAUAAUAAAAGUGGGAAGGUGGGUCUUAAGACAAACCAAAAACCCUUCAACAACUCUGCUUUUAGGGAUGCCUCAGAAAUGCAGAUAUGCAGUUGAAUGGGGUCCUGGGAAGAGCGCUGUAUCUCUUUGUUUGCUGCCUGGCAUAAAUGGGCCUUUGGAAAGUGUCUUGCUUUAGGACAAGAUUUCUAAAAUUCUGUGAUUGAGAUUUGACAGGGAAGCACAGUGAAGCUUGCUUAAAGGCACUGACUAGCAGUGUGUGACUUUGGCUUUUGGAACCACACCCUGUAAUCGGGCCUGUGGAAGCCUCGGGCCUGUGGAAGCCUCGAGCCUGUGUCAAAGAGGGGUCUUGGAGCUCCUAUGGAGCAAGCUGCCCCCUCCUAGCACUGUCCCCACCCCAGCCUUGUGAGAUCCCGUGAGGACAUGGGUACCCAUGUAUUUUCACUAAAUUAUACAUAGCAGCUCCAUUUAUUGAUGCGGUUGUAAUGAGCUCACAUCGUAUGUCUGAAGAGAUGGCACCAGGGAAAGGUAUGCCGUAAGCCCCUCCAGAGCUUUUGAUAAUGCUGGGUGUUGACAGAUCUGCACUAUUAACACUGAGAGAACUGUCAGGAGCCCAGAACCAACCCCAGGUCUUGGUCUCCAUUGGUGAGAACACAGGACAUGGUGGCUCCUGAGCAGAGAGGGAGCUGCAGAUACAGGCUUGGUGCUCAGUCUCAUGGCCAACUUUUCAUGGCCCUGCCGUUGUAGUGGAACCUGUGCAUGUUUGGGUUUGUUUCACCUAAGAUAAUGCUGAUUUAGAGAUGGAGAAAUAGGGGUGGUUAUUUUUCCAGAUUGGAGAGUCGAAAGUCCCUGACUGAUUUCAGCCAUUUUUCCUAGUGCUGUCAGAUGCAGAGACAAUGUUUAAAUCCCCUGAACACAGUUCUCAGUGGCAAAACCUAGGAAGGCACAUGUUCCCAGAGAAGAUACCACAUGAGCCUUUGGUGCAAAGCUUCCCCCGGCUUAAAUAGUUCACAAGGACUAAUUGUUUAAUGAGUUUAUUUAUCUACAGAUUAGGGAUCCUGGGUUCUGUUUAUAUGAAGUUCUGCGCAGUUUGUGAAUUAAAAUCUAGUACAGCAGCCAUGCAGCCACCUCGUUUCAUAGAUGCCAUCUGCGUGUCCUCUUGACUGCCUUCUAUUUAGAGAAAGAAGGAGAGCUUUAUGUGCUUAACUGAGCUUAUAGUAGGACUUCUUUGCAUAUAUAUGGUACUAAAAAUCUUAGUAUACAUCUUUAAUCCUUUUUAGGUUGUCCUUUAAAGAGUUUUUGACUAGUUCUUUUUCUUGACAGCUCUUCUCUUUGGACACAUGGGCCUCCUUAGAGGGUCCAGCCUAGGACCCAGCUCUCCUGGCCCUGUCCUGUGUUUAGGGUGGCUGGUCCCUCUGUCCCUGUGUCUGCUAGCACUAGACUUUGUUGCUGUAGAUUGAUCCAGUGGGUACAUAGGCUAAUUAAUGUGAGUCUUUUUCCUUGUUUAAAGGAGUCCCUCUUGCUGAAAGUAGAUGAUUACUAUUGCUGUUGUGUUAGGAAAGUAUUAAGUUUGUGCUUAAAAUCCAUUGCCAUUUGGUACAAAUGACAUUUGUUCUUUCUGUGAAAGAGAUGCCCUCAAAUGUGUUUGUACACAAACCCCUAGGAUGGUGAGUUGAAGCAUCACCCUUGCACUAUCUUCAGUGACGGGUGAUGGCUCAGGGAGAUUGCAGGCAGACUGGGCUCUAAGUCAUUCUGUCAGUUGCUCCACUGGUGAAGUGGCCCUUUCCCUCUUUGCAAUUCAGUCUAACUCGUAUUUGCUUUGCUGUCUAUGUGCUGAAGCCCAUUCUGCGUGAGUUGCUGUCUGCCUCUCGUCAGACUGUGAGGUGCUGGUGUAGACCUGGAGCAUGCAGGCUGUCUCCAUGUUUGGGUUCUGUGUUUUGUUUUGCUCUGUCUAAAAACAUCUACAUAGUUUUCAACUGGAGAAAGAAAAAACUUAAAAAUGGGAUGUCCUAAAAUGAAAGCUGCUCAAAGUCACAGAACAACUGAGUGAUAAAGGAGAUUGGAUGACUGGGAAACGCUGCCCCUGAAUAGCCCCUGCAACUGUGGGGCCUGCACACAGUCUUUCCACAGUUGGUAUAGUGGGUGCAGGCUAAUAGUUUAAAGAAUAAACAGAAAUCGGCCCUUUCACUUUUUGCAAGUCGGCGAAAACAGACUUCAGGGAAUUUCAUCUUUUUUUCAUACUAGGAUGUUUUCCCAUGUUUUUGAGUUUCCAGAAUUUAAUAAAAAUGUUUAAAAAAUGAUUUUUUCCCCGAAGUGCUCUUUCCAGGUGAAAACUACUCUUUUGGUUUGGUUUGAAAGUAAGAAAGGGAGGGGAAACUUUGCUUUUUAAAUAAUUAUGUUCCUAUGAUGAAGUAUUUGAUUAUUGACAGCAAUGUCUCUAGUAAGUUUUAAGUUGUCCCAAGUUAAUUGUAAACAUCAGUAUAGUACUCUUAGUUAUGGUAAAGCAAUUGUUGCAAGAUGAAUGGCUCAUAUUUUGAUGCAGUGUUUGAUGUUCAAAACAAAGUGUUACAAUAAAUGAACAGAAACUGAA